AAGAAAAGUCAGCUGCUGUAAAUGUCAAUAAAGAUUUUUGAAGAAAUUUGAUAAUAAAUUGAAAAAUAAUUAAAGUCAAAUAUAGGCGAGAAAUGUUCUAAUAAAGAUUUUGUUUAUUCGAAGCUUCAAGAUGUUUUCGUUCGGGAAGCAGCGAGCCUUACAUAAGUGUCUCAAGAUUUUGAGGUUAGCUAUCGUAGAUUUUAGUAGCCUCCCCGAUAUAAAGAAGUUGAACCUGGUUAGGACCGUGGAGAAGACUAUAGAUAACAACACGAGUAUAUUUAUUGAGAGUCCUAUUCAUGUAAAGGUACAGCCCAUAGAUGUAAACGAUUUGAAAGCUCAUAACAAAUUGACGAUGACAUUGUACAGCCAAGGGAAAGACACUAAUGAUUUCCAAUUGAAACAGACUUCGAAGCGUCUAGAACUUCUCAAUAAGAACACUUCGCCGGACCGUAAUGACGUAUGUUUAAUACAAGUACCAUAUAAGUUGAAAGUUCAGGUUACAACCACAGAAGAGGCGUCAGUGCAUUUAGCUAAUUUAGAAGCUGAAGAGUUUGUUAUUAAAACUCAGAAAGGGGCUGUGAAUGUAGGUAAUUUGAAGGCGGAUAAUAUUAAAGUGGAAACUACUUCAGGCGACGUAGAAACUAUAGGCAGGCUGCAAGCAAGUAACAUUGAAUUAAAAACAGGUAUGAACGGCGAAAUAAAGUGUAACAAUAUAAUGGCAAAUAACUUUAACAUUUCGUCACACGGUGGUCAUAUAUCAGUCAAGUCGUGCUACAGUGAUAAGUCUCAUAUCAUGACUUUAAUGGGAAAUAUUAAACUAGAUCACAUGCAUGGACCUGUGAAAAUUGAUGUUAUACAGAAAGGUAAUUUACGCAUGACCGGAUUUUCCGGCAACUUGGAAGCCUCCCUCAAAAGCGGGGAUGUAUUCUUGCAUGCCUCACAGCUAACUGACAAAAGCAGUAUAUUCAUACACGAAAAGGGUACAGUGGAACUGUUGAUACCUGAUAUAGUUAAGAAUUUGCCAACAACUAACUUGAUUGCAGAGAAAAUUAAAGUCCAGGAAAGUAUACUGAAACUUGGCAGGUUCAUGGAUGAUUCUACAUCAAAGAGGUUUCGCUAUGAAAAGGAUCCACAGCAUGAAUUGCAUAUAGUUUGCAAGAAUGGGUCCAUUGAUAUUAAGGAGACAGAUUUACCAUUCAUGGUCUAGUUAUUAAAGUUUUGGCAUUUGUGAAUGGUUUUGAAAUAUAAAGAAAACCCUUCGCUCAAAGGGUGACCAAAAAUCAGUUUUCAAUGCUGUAAUGUAGAUCUAGCACCUUCAUAGGAAGUAGAAAGGUAUAAUCUAUUUUACUCAGCUAACUUAGUAAGAAAUACCAGAAAGCUCCUCAGAGAAACACAUAAGUGACUUAAAUAACUCAAAAGUAGAAAUUAUACAAACAUUUUUUAUUUGAAUAUGCUGUAAUAUAUUAUAAUAAUAUGAUUCAAAAGUACAUACUUGUAAAAGUUUAAUCAAAUAAAAUAUUCUGAUUUGAUUUAGACUUGAUAACUAGUUUCUCUUGAGAUUGAGUCAGUAGUUUUUUUAUUUGGUUACUUUGGUUGGAAUGAUGAACACAUUUAACCAGAAUUUAUUAUUCACAAUAUAAGAAUAUUAUCUGCUUAUCCAGUUAUUUAGAAAUUAAUAUUUAACAAGCAAUUUAAAGAACUGUACAUGUAUUUAUUUAUGCCAAUGGAUAAAAAGCAUUUAUAAUUUUACACAAAAAUAUUUUUAGUAAGCAUAAUAUUUACUUUGUCUGUAAGUGUGUACUCAUUAACCUAAGAUGAUAAAUUAAUGUAACUUGUUAAGCAAAUUUUAGAUGAUUCCUACACUUCUCCAAGUUAAAUUAUAUUGCAAUUUAAUUUGAAACAUAUCAAAUCUGUUUACAACAAAUAU